ACCCACGAAGAAGAAGCCUGCUGCGCACGUGCUGACGUCCAUCUUGACGUCGUUCCACAGUUCCUGUGGUUCUCGUAGCAAAGCAGGAGGUGUGAUGGUGUUGUUGUGUAGCUAAAGUUGCUGGUUUGAUGGCGGGUUGUGGUGCUUUAGGGCAACGUGUGAAUGUCUGUGGUGAAAAGGUGUUGGGUUGAGCCCCAGAGAGAGAUUAGCAACGAGCAGAAAGUGCUGCUGAAGAAAGAUUGACGGAGUUGAAAGAAGUCUUGGUGGAGCCGGAGGAAGAGAUGGAGGAUGAGCGCGGACUGCUGGAUUUCAGCCGGAUCCCCCUGAUAAUCUUACAGCGAAUAGGCUGACUGAAGUCCAGAAGAUGGAGAACAGAGCAGAACCUCCAGGAUCCAUCUGUCCGUCUAUGAGGAGCGACUGGUCCAAACAAAGUUCUCCAGACUUCAGUGAAGAACCUGGACCCUCAGAAGGGAGGAAGAGGAGCAGCGUUGAUGUGGAGGUGCAGAGGUCCUGCUGUGCUUUGUGUCAGAAGGUCCUGAUGGACCUGGUCUCUACCAGCUGUGGACACUGGUUCUGCAGACAGUGCAUCACGUCAUACUGGGUCCAGUCUGCUCCAUCAGGACCCUCCUCCUGUCCCCAGUGUGGAGAAAGACCCAGAAGAGGAGCUGGACUGCUGGCAGCCAAUCAGGGCAGCUGUGCUCCAGAUGUUGGUCUGCAGGAGGUUCUAGAGGAACAUAAGAUCAGUCUGAGGAGGAGAUGUGAAUGUGUGACUGAAGGAAGUGAUGAACUAGUAAGAACAACCCUCCUCAACAGGAUCUACACUGAUCUCUACAUCACAGAGGGACAGAGUGAAGAGGUUAAUACCCAACAUGAGGUGAAGCAGCUGGAGAGAGCUUCCAGGAUCCAGAACCUCCAUGACUCUCCAAUCAGAUGCCACGACAUCUUUAAAGCCUUACCUGACCAACAUGGAGCCAUCAGAGUGGUUCUGACCAACGGCGUCGCUGGUGUUGGAAAAACCUUCUCAGUGCAGAAGUUCACUCUGGACUGGGCCGAGGGCUUGGAGAACCAAGAUGUCCAUGUGGUGGUUCUGCUGUCAUUCAGGGAGCUGAACCUGAUCAGAGGUGAGCAGCACAGUCUUCUCACGCUGCUCCAUGUUUUCCAUCCAACCCUCCAGAAGCUCCCAGCAGAGCAGCUGGCUCGCCACAAACUUCUCUUCAUCUUUGACGGCCUGGAUGAAAGCAGACUUUCUCUGGACUUCAAAGACAGUCGGCUGGUUUCUGACGUCACACAAAAGUCAUCAGUUGACGUUCUGCUGACAAACCUCAUCAAGGGGAACCUGCUUCCCUCGGCUCUGGUCUGGAUCACCUCCAGACCUGCAGCGGCCAAUCAGAUCCCUCCUUCAUGUGUUGCCAGGGUAACAGAGGUCCGAGGCUUCACCGACGCCCAGAAGGAGGAGUACUUCAGGAGGAGGUUCAGUGAUGAAGAGCUGUCCAGCAGAAUCAUCUCCCACAUCAAGACCUCCAGGAGCCUCCACAUCAUGUGUGGAAUCCCAGUCUUCUGCUGGAUCACUGCUACGGUUCUGGAGAACAUGUUGACCACAGAGCAGAGAGGAGAGCUGCCCAAGACCAUGACUGACAUGUACUCUCACUUCCUGCUGGUCCAGACCAGGAGGAAGAACAAGUACCAUGGAGGACAUGGGAGGAGUCCACAGGAGCUGAUGGAGGCUGACAGGGAAGUUCUCCUGAAGCUGGGGAGGCUGGCGUUAGAACAUCUGGAGAAAGGAAACAUCAUGUUCUACCAAGAAGACCUGCAGCAGUGUGGUCUGGAUGUCACAGAGGCCUCAGUGUACCCAGAAGUUUGUACAGAGAUCUUCAAGAGAGAGAGCGUGAUCUUCCAGAACGCAGUCUACUGCUUUGUUCAUCUGAGCAUUCAGGAGUUUCUGGCUGCAGUCUACAUGUUCCACUGCUUCACCAGCAGGAACACAGAGGUGGUGCAGAACUUCCUGGGACAAAAAUACAGUGGAACAUCUCUGGAUGACUUCCUGAAGAGAAUCAUGGAUAAAUCCCUCAGAAGUGAAAAUGGCCACCUGGACCUGUUUGCUCGCUUCCUUCAUGGUCUCUCUGUGGAGUCCAACCAGAGACUCUUAGGAGGCCUGCUGGGUCAGACAGAGAACAGUCCAAAAACCAUCCAGAGAGUCAUCAAAAACCUGAAGGAAAACACUGGUGGAAUCUCUCCUGACAGAAGCAUCAACAUCUUCCACUGUCUGAUGGAGAUGAAGGACCUCUCAGUUUAUCAGGAGAUCCAACAGUUACUGAAAUCAGAGAACAGAUCAGAGGAGCUCUCAGAGUAUCAGUGCUCAGCUCUGGCCUACAUGCUGCAGAUGUCAGAGGAGGUUCUGGAUGAGUUGGACCUGGAGAAGUACAACACAUCAGAAGAAGGACGACGGAAACUGAUUCCAGCUGUGAGGAACUGCAGAAAGGCUCGACUAGUGGGCUGUUGGCUCUACUGGACUGAAUGUGAAGUUGUGGCCUCAGCUCUGAAGUCCAACCCCUCCCUGACUGACCUGGAAAUAGAUCAGAUCUAUGAUGGAUAUAGAACCAUUGGAGACUCUGAGAUGAAGCGUCUCUGUGAGAUCCUGGAGACUCCAUUCUGUAAAGUAAAGAAGCUGAAGUGAACCCCGCCUCUCAC